UAUACUAGAAAUGUUAAUUGUUAGCAAAACAUCUUCUGGUGCUUAAAAGGAUUUCUUUGCUUAGUACUUUGUACAUACCUGGUCUACCCCGGGGCACUACAUGUAAGUUGACAACAGAACAAAAGUAGGUUGAGUAACUGAGGCAAACAUAUAAUGAAGUCGUAAAAUCAUCCAUGCAUAGCCAUGGCUUAGAUAGCCAUUACAAACCACGUAUGAUGGGUCAUUCUAGUAAAGUUGAAUCCUGUGCUUAUAUUUACUGACUGGAAAAUUUAUUUUUGCAGGCCUGGUGUUCUAACUAUGGACCAGAGCUCCGUAAAGUAGUAAUGAUGAAUAACCACAGCCCGAAUAACUUCAGGUUUUCAUUGAAAGAACGCCUAACACCAAGAGAGAAGGUCCUCGUCAUAAUCAUCGUUAUUCUUUUUAUAUUGCUGGUUAUCUUCUUCGGACUUUUCAUCGCCUUUCGCGUCAAAUACGAUGAAAAGAACGGCUCGACUGAGUUCGUUUCUACUUUCGUUCCGUCAGAAAAUGUCUGCCAAACGUUGGAGUGUCUGGAAUCAGCUGCCACCAUCGCCAAAAGCAUCAACACCAGUGUGGAUCCUUGCGACGACUUCUACCAGUUCGCGUGCGGACGCUGGAUGGCGGAGCAUCCUGUACCCUUGGGUGCCAACGGAAUUGAUAAUAGCAUUCUAAUAGACAAGGAGAUCAAACAGACGCUCAAAGGUCUACUUACCAUCCAAGACGAAACAGCUCCUGAAGCAGUCAAGCAGGCUCGUGCUUACUUCCGGUCCUGUCAGGACGCUUACACCAGAGAAAAUGAGGGCAGUAAGCCGGUACUCGACCUCUUCAAUCUGAGUGGCAGUGGCAUCUACCCGACACUACAACCGUCAUGGAAUGACACGGGUAUGACGUUCUCAGACAUCGUGGAGUACCUCUCAAGCGUUGGUGACCUUGGUGUUAAUGUUUUCAUUCCUAUGCUGGUCAUGCAGGACGAGAUGCAUUCAGACCGAAAUAUAAUUAAGGUACAUUUUAGAAGAUUUUGUUUUCUUCUUCUAUUUCUUUCAUCUCUUUUUCUUGCUUAUUCGUUUUCUUCUUCUUUUUUAUUUUUGUUUCUUGUUUGGUAGUUUAAUAGAAAGUAACUUAGGUGUGUGUAAAUCAAGGCGUUAAUGGCUAUUCAUGUCUCACUUUCAGUAGAGAUAACAACUAAAGUCAUGUUUUUGUCUGGCACCACGUAGGUAAUACAAAAAACUGUAUUUGCAUUUUUUUCUAAUCUUUACAGCUUAAGAAAUUUUCGAGAAAUAAUCAAGCAGACGGUGAUGCA